AUGAGUCUCCAAUCUGCAUUAGACGAUAUGCGAAAAAGCUCGUUGAAAACAGCCAAUCCAGAGCUGGUCAAAAUCAUCAACAAAACUGGCGAUGAAUUCAAGGCAUCCUAUGACGCAUCCCAAGCGAUACAGCCUGGUGCUCGAUUUCCUGAAUUCACUUUACAAGAUGCAACCGGCCACGCAGUCAGCCUAUCUGGCUUACUUGCGAAUGGACCAGUCUUCUUUUCGUUUUACCGUGGAAGCUGGUGCCCGUACUGCAACUUAGAGCUGCGGGCUUUGCAGAAAGUCCUGCCCGACUUCAAAGCGAAAAGGGUGUGUCUCGUGGCCGUCUCACCCGAGCUACCUGAUCAGUCGCUCACAACUUCUGAGAAAAAUGGAUUGGAAUUCACCGUCCUCUCGGAUUUGCAGAAUGAUCUAGCUCGGAAAUUGGGAAUUGUUUUCUCCCAGCCGGAUGAAAUGAGGACAGUUUUCAAUGCCAUCCAAGUGGAUUGGGAUGCACGCUACGGGGACGGCAACUUGCAAAUACCAAUUCCGGCGAAUAUUCUGGUGGAGAAGUCGGGACUGGUAAAGAAUGUGUGGUUGGAUCCCUACUGGCAUAACCGCAUGGAGCCUUCGACUGCAUUGGAAUGGAUCAACCAACUAUAG